UUCGGUUCGUAAAAAUCAGUGUUAUCCAGACCAUCAUCAAUAGUGAAAAAAUUGACCUAAUUCGCUUUGAAACAGAGAGUUAUCUCCUUCGCUUCCCCUGCAUAGUUACUCGAGCUUCCAGGUGAUGAUGGAGCUCUUGCCGCAUUUCUCAGGCUUGAAAUUACCCUUCAAUCCCGCCAAUAAGGAGCCCUUUACGGUUUCUACAAUGCGGAGCAAGGGCUACUACGCCUGCCCUCUGCCUGCCCCCUUUGUUAUGGGCCGUACAAACCUCCACAAACGGAAAUCCAUGGCCCCGAUUGUAAUGAAUGCGAAGCAGGGGGGCGUCGGCAGCAGAGGAAGUGGGUCGAACGUUUCGAAAAUCGAGGAAUUGCUAAACAUAGGCGAGGGGAGCGGAGGGGAAUCCGAAUCGGAAUCAGAAUCGGAUGAAAAAGAUGAAGAUGAAGAACCGUUUGUAAUGAAUGAAGAUGAGAGGAAGGAGUGGCGGCGGAAGAUUCGAGAAGUAAUUGGUAGAGCUCCUGAAGUUGAAGAGGAGACAGAUCCUGUGGAGAAAAUGAACAAAAUACAGAAGCUUUUAGCUGAGUAUCCUCUUGUUGUGGAUGAGGAGGAUCCAAACUGGCCUGAUGAAGAUGCUGAUGGAUGGGGUUUCAGUCUCGGCCAAUUCUUUAACAAGAUCAGCAUAAAGAAUGUUAAGAAGGACGACGACGAUGACGAUGAGAAGUGUGAUAGUAGGGAUGAAAUAGUGUGGCAGGACGACGACUACAUUCGCCCUAUUAAGGAUAUAGUCUCUAAGGAAUGGGAGGAGGCUGUGUUCAAGGACAUCAGCCCUUUGAUUGUUCUUGUUCAUAAUCGCUACAAAAGACCAAAGGAAAAUGAAAAGUUCCGAGAUGAAUUAGAGAAAGCAGUGCAAAUCAUUUGGAAUUGUCGGCUACCAUCACCGCGAUGUGUAGCAAUAGAUGCCAAUGCCGAGCUUGAUUUGGUUUCCGCUCUACAAGUCUCCACUUUCCCCGAGCUCAUUUUCACUAAAGCUGGGAAGAUUUUAUACCGAGAAAAAGCAAUCCGAACAGCUGAUGAAUUGUCUAAGAUAAUGGCAUUCUUCUAUUACGGAGCUGCCAAGCCUCCAUGCCUUGGUGGAAUUGAGACCGGCAAUGAGCCAAUUCCUGCUCUUGAGCUCACAAGUAAACGUCCGUAAUCCUGCAUGUACGUAUACAUGUAUAUAUAUAUAUAUUUGUAGUGUUUAGAAACAAUGAUUAUGCAAACAAUUGAUACUGAAAAUGGCCAAAAACUCACUGAUGCUUCCAAAAGAUAUGCCGGAGGUUUGUGUUUUAGCCUUUUUCUGGAACUUGUAGCAUCAUUUCAACAGCAUACAGGUUCUUCAGUUCAAUAGCCAUUGCUGCAGAACUGAAUGGAAGCUACGGGUGAGACAUGAUUGAAAGGCGAGAGGCGCAAUUGGGAAGUGAUUAGUAAUGCAAGGGGAGGGCACGGAUCUAGUUAAACUUGUUUGUACCUGUGGCACCAUGUUAAAAGGUUUUGGCUCCGGUCUCGGCUUCAAGUAAGUACCAAAGUUCAUCACUAUAUUUGAAUUAAUCGUGCGUUUAGAUAUGUUUUAGAGGGGACCGGUUAGGAUACUGAUUAAGAAUUAAUCAGCGCCCUGUUAAUAUAUCUUUCGUGCUGGGAUCGAUGGUAAUAUUACAUAUUGUGUGGACUAUUGUCAUGUGUUGUUAGUUCAUAUAUUGUAUUAUUUUAUUAUAUAAACAUGCAUUUUGUGCUA